UGUAGAAAGACUGAAGAUAGUAAGGAAAGUAAAGUUUUUGUCUGAGGAUGAAAAAGAUUCAGCAAUUGUAUAUAUAAAACCAACAUAUAGGCACAGAAAAUUAAUCGCGUUUCUGCAUUGCAGAGAUAUAAAAAAUGGCUUUCCAGUUGGAUGAUUUGCUGAGGGAUGACAAGAAGGAUGUCAAUCUUAUUCCAGACUUGAGCAAAGCUACCUGCAAUUCCCAGGAGGAAUUUAGACGACUAAUGGAACGAUGUCCUGAGUACAAAAUUAAACCAGAAAAGGUGAAAAAAGAAGAUGUUCGUGUACGAGACAAAGAGUUUUCUUGGCGAGCAACAAAAAAAGAAUUGAAAUCAAUUGGAAGGGAAUGGGGAUAUGGCGAUCCUAUUCCUCCAGACAUGAGAUCCCUAAAUUUGCAAGAAUUGCAACAAGUGGCUAUAGACUGGAGGAUGCUCACUUCAGUCAGACCUAAAGUUCGCCAAGACGAAGAAAUGUUCUCCAGACUGGUAGAAAUGGGGAAAUUAGCAGUGAGAACUUCAGCGAGGGAGAAGCGAUCAUGCACGAGCCCCAUUAGGCGAAAUAAAAAUAGAGCCGGGAUUAUUGAGAGCAGUGUAAAAAUUUGUGGCGAAUGCGGCGAAGAAUUUUGUGAAGGAGAAUCCUGUGGAGAUAUUCUCUACGAUUCCUUCAUCAGAGUUACAGUCAUUCCCCAGCAGUCUAAAAUCACCGUGUCUGCUGACACGGCCGCUAUACUGGCCGGAAUGGACAAGUCGAAUAAAAAAGGAAAAAAGAAAAGUUCCAAGAAUAAAGGUCAGAGAAGAAAUGCAAAAUUGGUAGUACGUAGCAAGGCCCGAAAAGCGGGGGCGAGUCCUCCGGAAACUCAAAAUAAGGCCAGCAAAAUUUCCAAGAAAACUGAUACAGAAGGUGAAGAGAAUGUUAAACAAAAAUAUAAAAGAAAAUGUAGUAAAUAUUCAAAAAAGGUUAAUUUUUCAACAAAGUAA